AAAUAUUGAUACACUUGUCUUUUUUGUUAUCAAAAAUCAAUUCUCAUGAGUUUCUGACAACCAGAGAAGCUUCAUCUGAUACCGCUUAGUACUGUUUGUUUGGGCAACGAAACAAAUACUUAAAGUAUACAUUUAAAUUAUAGGUACACGCGCAUAAUACCUCGUAUUAGUUUCAAUUGUCAUGCCACAAGAUAGCAACUACUUGAAAUACCAUAUGCUUCCGUUUAAUUCUCCCUUAUUGAGCUUUUAAUAAUACACGCCUGCAUAUCUUAGAACGUCUGAGGCAGUCAAGUCUUUACAUCUUAUAUAAGGUAUUAGUAAGCAACCAACUAUAGAUCAGAUCGACAUAAUUAUUUUCGUUAAAGAUACUUUGUAGAAAAGAGAAGUAGAAUAAACGCCAGGCUAUUUUGAAAUUAUGCAAGUAUGCACAUAUUGAGUUUAACGUUUACUUUUUUUAAAAUCUAUGGAUUUUGGAGACCAUUGUCAUGGAAGUCUCCAACUCUUGGUUUUCUUUACGACGUUUAUACAUUCGUCAUGUUUAUGAUUGUAUUUACAUUUGCGUUAUCACAAUUGAUGAGUAUCAUUUUGACGGUUCAGACAGUCGAUGAAUUCACAAGUAGUUCAUUUAUAUUACUCUCUAUUGUUAGCGCUUGCUUUAAGGCAAGUAAUUUGUUGCUGAAACGCAAAAGCCUUGUCAGGUUGUUGAAUGUUUUGAUCAGUACAACGUGUAAGUAUCAAGAUGACGACGAAAAGAUGAUUCAGGAUAUGUUCGAUAAAAAAGCAAGACGUAAUACGGUUUGGUACAUGGCACUGAUUCAAUCGAGUGUUUUCAUGAUCACUUUGCAGUCAAUUUUUAUCAACAUACCUCAAAAGACGUUACCGUUUCCUGCCUGGCUUCCAUACAAUUACUCCAACACACGUCUCUAUGCAAUAUCUUAUACACAUCAAGUCAUUGGUAAUGCUGCUUCUGCUACUUUGCACGCGGCCAACGACGCAUUGAUAAGCGGCAUAAUGUUGCAAAUUUGUGCUCAGCUUGAGAUCCUAAAACAUCGUAUCUUAAAACUGCCUACUAUUGUCCUAAAAAUGAACAGUGGAAAGGAGGCACCUAUGAAUACAGUUGCAUCGAAGGAAUCUGAAUUACUAGGAAACAUUAUUAAGCAUCAUAAUUGCAUAUUCCAAUUCUCAAAGGAUAUAAACGAUACAUUUUCCAUGGCAUUGUUCGCCCAAUUUUUCAUUGCAGCUUUAGUCAUUUGCUCGAGCGUAUACGAACUGUCAAAGAUAGUUUUACUAAGUUCCGAUUUCGUAGCACUCUUGUCAUAUCUGUCUUGCAUGCUUGUACAAAUUUUCCUCUAUUGUUGUUUUACUGCCUGCUUCAUCCCUUAGAGCUGGAGCGUGGGUGAUACAAUUUUUGCUACGGACUGGUCACCUCUGAGCAUGGGAUUGAAGAAGAGCCUCUUGAUAGUCAUGAUUCGAGC